AACACGCUCCUCGCAAACACCUCCGACUGCGCGACGCAGGUAAACACACGUCUGCGUCCGUCUGUGCUCCGCUGCCAUCGGGAUGGAGGCGUUCAGUUCGAAGGACAUGGCCAUGAAGGCCCAGAAGAAGAUCCUCAGUCACAUGGCCAGUAAGUCGAUGGCUCAUAUGUUCAUCGAUGACAACAGCAGCGAGGUUCUGGACGAGCUGUACCGCGUCUCCAAGGAGCACACGGGGAACCGCAACGAAGCCCAGAAGGUGGUGAAGAACAUGAUCAAGAUCGCCGUGAAGGUGGGGGUUCUGUUCCGACAUGGCAAGUUCAGCGCGGAUGAGCUGAGUGUGGCGCAGGACUUCAGGAAAAAACUCCACCACGGAGCCAUGACGGCCAUCAGCUUCCAGGAGGUGGAGUUCACCUUUGAUAAGAGCGUGAUGAUGGAGCUGCUGGCCGACUGUCGUGAUUUACUGCUGAAGCUGGUGGAGAAACACCUGACGCCCAAAUCUCUGGACCGCAUCAGACACGUGUUCAACCAUUACUCGGACCCGGAGCUCCUCACGCACCUGUACGACCCUCAGGGCACGCUGUGGCCCAACCUCGGCAAGAUCUGCAGCGGCCUGAACCGCAUGAUCGAAGAGGGCAAGCUCUGAACACAGAGCUGGACUGAAAGACUGGACUUCAGAGCUUCUGGACCUGUGCUCGCAGAGAUACUGAGCUCAGGGACGCAGUGAGACGCUCCUGAACGCAUCCCUCGAGUCU